AUGAACUGGUACGCAAAGACGAGGUUCUUCCACAUCAUCGAGCUCACGGCCUGGCAAAUCUUGCCCUGCUCCCUCACUUAUUCAAGAGUGCACGAACGAUAUCGACCGACAGAGCUUCAACUUGGCCUGCAAGGGCAGUAUCCUUGUGUUGUCGACUGGAUCCCCUUUGCGUCGAUACGAGAUCGAAUUAUACAACUCCAUGCCGCAAACCCCUGUGUCGACCAGAUAUUCUGCGAUACCGUCAGCGCAUACGUCGUCGAGUCUACCCUCUCCGAGCUGGUGGUGGGAGGCUCCUUGAUGAAGGUCUACAUCCGCGUGACAGACCUCAUCGCAAGCAUGGCUCUCCAACAAUCCGAAGGCGAAGGCAUAGACCACAUGGCAUCCCUCCCAGCACCCGACAUCAAGACUCUCUUCUCAUCCCCCGAGUACGCGUACCUCGCCUUCAAGCACCUCAAGAUGGACUGCGGAGCGUCGUACUACAAGAUCGACCCCGUCUUCUUCAGCAAGUACCCCGAGCUGUGCGAUCCGUCCGACGAUAUCGUAGCCUCGGGAGUGCCCCUCAAGCCGGGGACGCAGACGACGUUGACGAGCCCCAACUAUGUCGAUUCCAUAACAGCUGCGACUUAUUGUAGUUUUAUCAACUUUUCCUUUGAUGCGGCUACGGCACUGUCUCGGUUAGAGUAUGUUUAA